CGCAGAAGCGUUGCUUUACGACGUCUGGAGGAAUACGCCGGGUCGGCAUUCACGGCCUGUGACUUGCUGUAGCACGUGGGCCUCUGUAGUUCUUCUCGCUUGUAAGUCUUACCUGCCGGCGUGGAGCAGCCACCUUGACGGAUAGAGUGGCAGCGGAGGCCCAGGCUCGUGAGCUAAUGGAUUUUGCUGCUGAAAAUGAAGCCACGUCGGGAGGCGGUCUCCAGCGCGGAGCCGAGGGGGCGCGGCCGCCGCUCGAACCCGGCGCGGGGGAGGCGGGGAAGGGGCUGACAGGAAUGGAGAAAAUAGGGGAUGGAGAAGAAGCGGGUGCGCAGAGGGCAGAGGAAACGCGGGUGUUUCCAACGGCUGUGAAGCUAGAAGAUACGACCUGGUCGGAAAUGGAAGAAGGUGUGCUGGGCGGCCGGUGGAUAAAGCAGGAGGCGGAGGACGGGCCUGAGGUGAAGGAGGAGAAACCGGACACCUGGGAGGUGAAGCAGGAGGCGGACGGCGGUGUGGUGGUGAAAGAGGAGAAGGUGGAUGGGCCAGAGAUAAAGGAAGAGAAAGUGAAGGUGAAGGAAGAGGUGAUGGACUGGCCAGAAGUGAAGGAAGAGAGGAAAGAUAACUUGGAGAUAAAACAGGAAGAGAUGGUGUUUGCUCAGAACAUAAAGGAAGAGACGAUGGAUGAGGUGUGUGUGAAAGAAGAAAAGUAUUUCCCGAAGGAAGAAGCGCUGGAUGACACGAAGGUGAAAGAAGAGCCGCAGAUAAGUUGCCCCGCGGGCUCGAAGCGGAAACUGGCCAUGUCAAGAUGUGAAACUUGUGGUACAGAAGAAGCCAAGUACAGAUGUCCACGUUGUAUGCGGCAUUCUUGCAGUUUGCCCUGUGUAAAGAAACACAAAGCAGAACUGACAUGUAAUGGAGUUCGAGAUAAAACUGCCUAUGUUUCAUUACAACAGUUUACUGAAAUGGAUCUCCUAAGUGAUUAUCGAUUUUUGGAAGAUGUGGCAAGAACAGCAGACCAUAUUUCCAGAGAUGCUUUAUUGAAAAGAUCAUUAAGCAAUAAACAUAUGUGCUUUAUAAAAAAUCGUGCUCGAAGGCAAGGUAUUAACUUAAAACUUCUACCCAAUGGGUUCACCAAGAGGAAAGAAAAUUCAACAUUUUUCGAUAAGAAAAAACAACAGUUUUGUUGGCAUGUGAAGCUCCAGUUUCCUCAGAGUCAAGCUGUGUACAUAGAAAAAAGAGUACCCGAUGAUAAAACUAUUAAUGAAAUCUUAGCAACUUACAUUGACCCAGAAAAGUCUGAUCCUGUAAUUCGUCAAAGAUUGAAAGCCUACAUUCGCUCUCAGACUGGGGUCCAAAUUUUAAUGAAGGUCGAAAAUAUGCAGCAAAAUUUAGUAAGAUAUUAUGAACUGGAUCCUCACAAGAGUCUCCUUGACAAUUUGAGGAACAAAGUGAUCAUUGAGUACCCAACAUUACAUGUGGUAUUGAAAGAAUCCAGUAAAGACAUGAACGUUCUUCACGAAGGAAUGCACAUUGAAGUAAGGCUUCCUGUAACGAAGCAAAAAGAAAAGCUACUUUUGUAGUGCACUUGGAACCUUCUUAAGAAACAUUUGCUCCUUUUUGUGAAAAGUGAAUCUACCAAGAACAUUGGCAAUGAAAAUUGAGCACUUCUGGAGGAAGGAAAUAUCGAGGUUGCAGAGGACGAUGCAUUGAUUAACUACUGUUGGGUGAUUGGGUGUAUUGUCAGUGGGUUUGUGCGAUUUUUUGUUUUUCUGAAAAGUAAACAAUCUAAAAAAUUUUUUUUUUUUAAAAAAAGAUGUGUUUUCUAGCCUCUUGAAUUGACUUACGAGACCUUAUUCCUAUUAACCCCUCUUUUGCACCUGGUUGUCAUGCUUAUUUUAAUUAGAUCCUGGCUUUUAGUAUGUUCAGUUAUAUAGUCUGAAACAUUUUCUGAUUUGAUACAAGGCCAAACCCAAGGAUCACCUUUGUCAGCCACAAAGGUGUCAAAAGGCCAUGUGACACACCAGCUAACCACCAGUUGCCCAUUCUUGCCUUUGAUAUUUAUAUGUAACUGACCCUCUUGAGAUAAAUGAAUGGGUCUUUUCUACUUGGUAACACCCAGUAGUAUGUCCUAUAUAAAGGCUAAAUAAAUACAUUUAGCUACUAUUUCUUAUAUUCAGUCAGAAAGUUAGCAACUCCACAUCAUUGUUUGAACUAUCAAUGCUCACAAAUGUGGCCGCACUUGUUCUCACAGUGAGCUGUGUCUUAUGAAUUCUGUGCCUUUUAUCCAUUUUCACUCCACUCUUGUCAUUGCCACACAGGGGUGUUGUGAUGACCAGUGUUAGGCUGUGUUUUGAAACAUCCAGCUAUAACUGAAGGAAAAACACUUGGAACUCUUUAGUGUUGUUGGAUUGUAUAUGUGUAUGUAUGAUAUACCUGGCUUAAUUUAUACCUUAUGGCAGCUCUGUAUACAUUAUGAUCUCACAUAUUGAAAUUAAAUGUUCCUAGUUUUAUUCGAAUUCAUACAGUUAUGAAAUUGCAGCAUGACUAUAAAAGAGUAAAAGAUUA